GGAAAAAGUCAAUGGGCGGGUGACCUUUGUCACGUGACGCGAGGCCACGUGAUUAAACCCCGUGCUGUGAUUGGCGGAGAGGGUUGGUGUUGUGCAGAUCCUGUGGAUCAGAACGACAUUGAGUUCGGGUUGAGACUCAGCGCCAUGUUGCUCAGUAAGGUAUUGAAGUCUGGUGUGCAGGUGGGAUUGAGGUUCAGCAGUGGUGCAGCUCGUGCAGCUCCUUCAGCAAGAAGUUCUAAUGCUGGGUUUUCUUUCGAAUUGACGGAACAGCAGAAGGAGUUCCAGGAUGUGGCCCGCAAGUUUGCACGAGAGGAGAUCAUCCCUGUGGCUCCUGAUUAUGACAAGAGUGGUGAAUAUCCGGUUCCUCUGAUCAGGAGAGCAUGGGAACUCGGCCUGAUGAACUCUCACAUUCCUGAAAGCUGUGGAGGUCUGGGCUUGUCCAGCUUUGAUGCGUGUCUGAUCACCGAGGAGCUGGCGUACGGCUGCAGUGGGGUUCAGACCGCCAUCGAGGCCAACUCUCUCGGCCAAAUGCCCGUCAUUAUCGCCGGGAACGAGGAGCAGAAGCAGAAAUAUUUGGGCAGAAUGACUGAGGAGCCGCUAAUGUGUGCGUAUUGUGUAACUGAACCCGGUGCAGGAUCUGAUGUGGCAGGAAUAAAGACUCGUGCUGAGAAGAAAGGAGACGAGUAUAUCGUCAAUGGACAGAAGAUGUGGAUCACCAACGGUGGAAAAGCAAACUGGUAUUUCCUGUUGACGCGUACUAACCCUGACCCUAAAUGCCCGGCCAGUAAAGCUUUCACAGGCUUUAUCGUGGACGCAGACACACCAGGAGUUCAAAUCGGCAGGAAGGAGAUGAAUAUGGGGCAGAGGUGCUCAGACACUCGCGGCAUCACCUUCGAGGAUGUCAGGAUCCCUAAGGAGAACGUGCUGAUCGGAGAGGGGGCGGGGUUUAAAAUUGCUAUGGGAGCCUUUGACAAAACACGCCCUCCUGUUGCUGCAGGAGCGACUGGUCUCGCACAGAGGGCACUGGAUGAAGCGAUGAAAUAUUCAUUAGAGAGAAAAACUUUUGGUCGCUUUAUUGCUGAGCACCAGGCUGUAUCCUUCAUGCUGGCUGAGAUGGCGAUGAAGGUGGAGCUAGCUCGGCUGGCCUAUCAGAGAGCAGCGUGGGAAGUGGACGAGGGCAGGAGGAACACCUACUACGCCUCCAUUGCUAAGGCCUACGCUGGAGACAUCGCUAAUCAGGUGGCGUGUGACGCAGUGCAGGUGUUCGGAGGAAACGGAUUCAACAGUGAAUAUCCUGUGGAGAAACUGAUGAGAGACGCCAAGAUCUACCAGAUUUAUGAAGGCACUGCUCAGAUCCAGAGGCUCAUCAUAUCUCGAGAACUUAUUGGCAAAUACAAACAGUGAGAAGGUCCAGUGUGAAGAUCUGGAGCUCCGUCCCCCAACAGCAGCACUUCAGAAUUUAAAGAAUACACGAGAUUUAUAAACAUUGAACACGUUUCAGUGUGGAGUUCCUACAGUAACGCUGUAACAGCUGGAGAUGUUCCUGUUCUCCUCUUCUGUCUGCACCUUUUAUAUCUUCAUGAUGUGUUUCAGUUCAUUUCUGGAGUAUCAGAUACCUCACACACACACACACACACACACUCUGCUCCUCCUCCUCGCUCCAUCACCUUGAUUAUUUUCUGAACAAUUAAAGUGUAAAUGCUCUGGAACACAUCUGGAGUUUUCUGUAGUUUAUAAUCAGCAGAUCUUUCAAUUAUAAUAAAGAACAAAUGUUGGUGUACA